GGGCCAGGGGUUCCUCUUUGCUCUGUUUCUUCACGUCUGAACAGGAAGUAUCGCGGGUGUCGACAAACGAAGGGUUCAGCAAACUGACCUGUGCAGAUAAGCAUCCACGGAGCGAGAGCCAAAAGGCUUUUUUUUUUGUCCUCUGUUUUUGACCUGUUCCCGUACAGAGCUGGGGUUUGUUUGCUGAUUCCAGUGGAUUGUGGUAGAGCACUGCACGUGAGUGUCAACUUAACUACUUCCUUGCUUUUUCUAAUCUCCUCCUGCAAUCUCACCAGAGGAACAAACCACUGGCUGCUUUUUAGUUUUCGGCUUGAGGCUCCAAGCACUGCAAAGCAUGUCUCUGGAUCCGUAGGCCCCUGGGCGGCGUGCUUUGGCUGGGUCUGAGGGGCCUGGUGGCUGGCUGGCUGGCUGGUUGGCAUCUUCGGCUGGGUCUGACCGCCCUGGUCUUUGGCGCUUUUUCUGGGCUGGGUCUGGGCAGCCAGGUGUUUGGCGCUUUGGGCUGGGUCUGACUGCCCUGGUCCUUGGCGCUUUGGGCUGGGUUUGACCGCCCGCCGGGUCUGACCGCCCUGGUCCUUGGCACUCUUCUGGGCUGGGUCUGAGGUGGCGCGUGCGUGCGCGGAGCGUUGGCGGUGCGGGCGGGCCGGCGGCCAUGUUGCCCUAGCGGGAUGCGUGUGUCCCUGCGGCGCGUGUCCUCCUCGCUGCUCUGGCUGCUCUCGCUGACGCUGCUGAUCAUCGCGCUGCGCUGGCUGCAGGGUUGCCCGGACGACGACGCACGUUACCGGGGCAGCCGCGCCUACGUGCUGGUGAGGGACCGCCACGACCGGCUGCGCGGCUACAACCGCAGCUCGCCGCUGGUGUUCGUGGGCGGCGUGCCGCGCUCGGGCACCACGCUCAUGCGCGCCAUGCUGGACGCCCACCCGGACAUCCGCUGCGGCGAGGAGACGCGCGUCAUCCCCCGGCUGCUGGCGCUGCGGCAGGGCUGGGCCACGGACCGGGCGGAGAGGGAGCGGCUGGACGAGGCCGGGGUCACCCAGGAGACGCUGGACGCCGCCGUGACGGCCUUCCUGCUGGAGGUCAUCGUCCGUCACGGGGAGCCGGCGCCGUUGCUGUGCAACAAGGACCCCUUCACCCUCAAGAGUGCCGUCUACCUCUCUCAGCUCUUCCCCAAUUCCAAAUUCGUCCUGAUGCUCCGUGACGGCCGAGCGUCCGUGCACUCCAUGAUCUCGCGCCGCGUCUCCAUCACCGGCUUCAACCUGUCCAGCUACCGCGACUGCCUGACCAAGUGGAACCGCGCCGUGCAGGGCAUGUUCUGGCAGUGCCAGCAGGUGGGCGCCCGCCGCUGCCUGGAGGUGCACUACGAGGACCUGGUGCUCCACCCGCGCGCCAGCAUGGAGCGCGUGCUCCGCUUCCUGGAGACGGACUGGCACGAGGGCGUCCUGCAUCACGAGGACGCCGUGGGACAGCCGGGCGGUGUGUCCCUGUCACGCAUCGAGCGCUCCACAGAUCAGGUGAUCAAACCGGUUAACCUCGAAGCUCUGGAGCGCUGGGUCGGACACAUUCCUCCUGACGUCCUGUCCGACAUGAAGAAGAUCGCACCCAUGCUGAGCAGACUGGGCUACGACCCAAACGCCAAUCCCCCCAAAUAUGGGCAGCCAGACGCCGUGGUGAUCAACAACACAGACCGGGUGCGGAAGGGAGAGUUCAAAAUCCCAUCAAGUCUGAAAGGUCAACCAAAAGUUCACGUGAAUGGGACUGGCCCAUAGACACGACCUUGGUCACAGGUGACCACAGAGCACAAUGACACACUGAUAAAUUGGUGCUAUGGGGAGGGAAACGUCACACAAGACCAUCCGCCCAGAGUCCAAAGGAGACUGACCGUGGUGCCAAUCAGGGAUUGGCCUACUUAAAGGCAGCUUACCUGCUCCUCAUGUAGUUGUGUGAUUGCAAUAAAUCUUUCAAAUAAAAUCCAUUGUGAACUGAAAUGUGA